AUGACUCUUUCCUCACACCCUCAGAUACAGAGAUUUGAGGCUGGCGCCGAUCCCCACCAGGCCUGGCAAACGGUCGACCAGGAUGGCGUGGCAAUCAUCUCAGGGGUCGUGCCCCUAGCUCUGAUUGAGCGCUUCAAACAGGAGAUAGAGCCGCGGGUCGAAACCUGGGAGAAUGCCGCCCUCAAUGGCUGGAAACACUCCCCUCAUACAAAAUUUGUGAAUGGCCUGGUCUCGUCCAGUCAUACGUAUCGGCACGACAUCUUGAACAAUCCAGUAAUGCACCAGAUGUGUGAAGCUGCUUUUCAGCAAACAGGUGACUACUGGUUGGUUAGCGCGGUGCUGCGGCUCACGCAGCCGGGACACCCAGCCCAGGAAUGGCACCGUGACGCCAACGGGUGGCCGCUGGUGAAGAACCAGCGGCCCGGAGCGCCUCUCCUGACUCUCACCAUCAUCAUUCCCACCACGGGCUUUACUGAGGCCAACGGGGCCACACGCGUGUUUCUCGGGAGCCACCACUGGCCCGCGGUCGACGUACCCGCGGAUGCGCAACCUGCAGUGGCCGAAAUGCAGGCUGGGGACAUGUUGGUGAUGCGCCAGGGAGUCGUCCACAGCGGAGGAAUGCACACCUUCGAGGCACCCGAGACUCGCGGAAUGCUGCUCUUGAGCGUGGCCACUUGCCAACUCAGCCAAUACGAAAGCGCGCUGGGGCUGCCGCGUUCGCUGGUUGAGAGCUUGACGCCUCUCGUGCAGAAGUUGGUCGGCUGGCGAACCGUGUUUCCGCUGGGCCAUCCGAUGGGUUUGAAUACCUUCCGGUCGGGCUUGGUGGAAGGAAAGCUGGGGCUCAAAGCCAACCAACCGCUACAGGAUGACACAGAAACGUAG